AUGUUUUAUUCUUUACCAACAGAAACAAAACUUGAUAUUUUUAAGUGUUUUAAUUAUCAACAAUUAUGUUCAAUCAAACAAACGAAUUUAUAUUUUCGGGAUUUUAUUAAUGAUUUUCAGGGAAAACUUGCUCGGGAGGAAUUUUAUGGAAUUUCUAUUUGGAAAAAUGGAUUGAAAACUUCGAUUCCUUUGUAUUUACCUCAAGAUGCAGCUCGAAAUACUGUUAUUUGUUUGAAUAAAGGUUAUGACACUGGAUGUCAUAUACUUCAACUACCAAAAAUGGUUAAAAGUAAAGAGCACAUCAAAAUUGUUUAUUAUUAUUUAAAUAAAUUAUUCAAUUGUUCUUUUAAAUGGUGCGACUUUCAUAAAUAUAUAUUCAAUCCAGAAUUGAUUCAAUUAUUAUUUGGAACUGCUAAACAAUUUUAUGUACAAUCAUGCAAUCGUUUAGCUUAUCAAUUCAGUAUUGAACUAUUAUUCCAAUUUGUUUGGAACAAUUUAGCUACUGGAAUUCUUAGAAUUAAUUUUUUGCUAGAACAAGACGUUAUGAAAAAAUAUAUAAAUAUUUUAUGUAAAAUUUUAAUAAACGGAGAAGACAAAUUUGGAAAAGUUGAGUUGAGGUUUUAUUCUUUUUUCGGAGGUUUGGCUCAUGGUACAAAUGCAACAUUACUUUAUGAUCAGAUUGUUGAAUAUAUAUCAACAUCUAAAGGUUGUGCAAAAAUGUUGCCUGUCAUUACUUUUGAGUUCGCAAAUUCCACAAGUUUCAAAUUAAGUGAAAAAGCCGAAAAGGUCGAAUCUAAACAAUUAAAUGGAGUUAAAUAUACAAAUUAUCAAAUAUCCAAUAUUUACAAUCCAAUGGCAAAAUAUUUAUUUUGCAAUGAAGAAAGGAAAACUUCAAGGGCUUUUGAAGUUAAAAUUGAAAUAACAAAAGUAGAAUUUGAAUGA